UAAAAGCCGCGCAUCCAGUGACACUGGUUCACAGUUGUGUUGCUUAUCACAAUAUAAAAUACCACGAUAAGAUUCAAGAGUUUCUUUUGUCGAAACAGCGUCAGUAUAAUCAGACUCACCGUCCUCCAUUAGUCUAGUCGUUUAAAUAAAAACAUUUGCACUAAUUAAAUCCACAGUGUUCUUUAUCAUAAUAAUAAUAAUAAAAACUAUAAACCACAAUCAUAAUAAUCACCGCACGUAAGGUAACAAGAGUCUGGAAAAGUGGAAACUGUUAUCAAGAAAGCGCGAAGAAUUAGUUGUAAUAAUGUUACGGAAUCGGAAGACAAGAUGAGGUUUUCGUGUUUUCCUAGAGCUACUAUCCUGGGACAAAGAGGUAGUAUUAAUUUUACUACUGUCCCAGGACACGAUGAAACAUCUAGUAUUACUGGUAUCAGUAUAAUAAGUAAUAAUGGAGACGCCCGAGAACCUAUACCCAUGAGUUAUAAACGCGCUGCAGAUCUAGAUAGUACCGAAAUAAUAAGUCAUUAUACAAAUACAACAAUUUCAAAUGGUUCAGUUCAUCCAAACAAUGAAUCUAGAGGAUUCGAACAAGUUAAUCUAGUACGUUCAGAAACCGAGGAAUCAAAUUUAUCAUCGCAAAAUGUUAAAAUUCCACGUGGUGGUGUAAUUGGCCGGACUCCGACUCCACCGUCAGCACCAACGCCUGUUUACGAAAAAGAUGCAAGGUCAAGAAAACAAAUAAAACGAGCGAUACUUGAAAAUGAAUUCUUGGGUAAUCUAGAAGAGGCUCAAGUCGAAGCCCUAGUAUCUGCGAUGUAUCCGAAAAAUAUUUCAUCAAAUACACUUGUUAUUCAUGAAGGUGAUAUAGGUUCGCAUCUUUACGUUUCGGCUGACGGAGAGUUUGACAUUUACGAGGGCAGUAAAUUUCAAAGCAGUUUUGGACCUGGAGUUGCUUUUGGUGAACUUGCACUGUUAUACAAUACUAAACGACUUCGAUCUAUCAGUGGUAAUUUAAAUAGAUGUUUGUAAUUUAUUAAUAAUAAUUCAUUUUGAUUGUUUUUUUUUUUUUUUUUAUUUUUAGCAAAAAAAGGGGGAAAAGUAUGGGUUCUAGACAGAUCGGUAUUUUUAACAGUGAUGAUGAGAAGUGCUCAAGAUCGUUUAGAAGGCAAUAUAAGAUUUUUACGCAAAGUAUCUGUGUUACAAAAACUACCAGAACCAAAGGAACACGUUUUUGCAAAGAUAUCUGAUUUAAUACGGGUCGAAUUCUUUCCCGCGGGCGCAAAGAUCGUUAAACAAGGCGAGAAAGGUGAUAAAUUUUUUAUAAUAAGCGGUGGUAACGUAAGGAUAACUAAAGACACCGAAUAUGGGGGCGAAGAAGAGUUAGUUGUGUUGGGAAAAGGACAGUAUUUUGGCGAAAAAGCGUUGUACGAUAAAGAAGACAGUCGUAGACAAGCAAAUGCUAUUGCUUUGGCACCUGGAGUCGAAUGUUUAACUCUAGAUGGAACGUCAUUUUUAAAUUAUCUCGGUGGUUUGGAUGAAAUACGUAACAAAGACUGGUUAGAAGAGUAUGAAAAACAAAAACGUUCAUUAACGCCAAAGCUAUGGACUAACGAGUACUCUGAGGUGACGCUUUAUGAUUUAGAAAGCCGAGGAACUCUCGGAGUCGGUGGAUUCGGUCGCGUUGAGCUUGUCACUCUUAGAGCGGAUCAAAAUAAAAGUUUUGCGCUUAAAAAACUAAAAAAAAAAACAAUGGUUGAUCAACAACAGCAAGAACAUGUACUUAAUGAAAAGUGUAUCAUGCAAGCGUGUGAUUCCCCGUUUAUCUGCAAACUAUUCCAAACAUACAAGGAUUCAAAAUACGUAUACUUCCUGAUGGAGGUUUGUCUGGGAGGCGAUGUAUGGACUACAUUGCAACGACGACGUUACUUUGAUGAUUCAACGGCACAAUUUAUGGUUGGAUGUGUUGUUGAGGCACUUGAUCAUCUUCACUCUCUCAAUAUUGUUUACCGUGAUCUGAAACCUGAAAAUUUGAUGCUUGAUAGUCGAGGAUAUCUCAAACUUGUUGACUUUGGUUUUAGUAAAAAAAUAGGCCCUGAUAAGACUUGGACAUUUGCUGGUACUCCUGAGUACGUUGCACCCGAAAUAAUACUCAACAAGGGCCAUGAUAGAGCUGUAGACUAUUGGGCACUAGGUAUAUUGACACACGAAUUAUUGGUUGGUAAACCUCCAUUUCGUGGAUCCGAUCACAUGACAACGUAUAAUAAAAUUUUAAAAGGGAUUGAAGUAGUUGGAAUACCAGGAAUAGUUAAUAAAAAUGCAAAUCAUUUGAUUAAAAAAUUAUUGAGACUGAGUCCUUCAGAGCGACUUGGUUAUCUGAGAAAUGGAAUCCAAGAUAUUCGUGAUCAUAAGUGGUUUGCUAAUUUUAAUUGGGAAGCAUUACAAAGACUUGCUCUACCUGCACCUAUUGUACCCACUAUUCAAAGUCAAAUAGAUACUAGGAAUUUUGAAAGAUAUCCACCAGAUCGCGAAAUUCCACCUGAUGAAUUUUCUGGUUGGGAUAUGGAAUUUUAAUAUUAAAAGAUGAUUUUAUUAUCAAGUCUAUUGAUGCAGGCAACGAUAAUUAUAUGUGGUCAUUGUAAAUUAUAUAUCUAUAUUAUUAUAUGUAAUUAAACUUAACAAGUAAAUUUGAGAUAAGUCUUAUUUUUUGUACACAGCUAGGUUGUAAAAUAUGGAUAAGAUAUUUAACAUUUCAUGUAAACGUUUACGUAUUUAAUAACAUUUACCCAACAAUUAGCAUGAUAAUAAAAAAAAUUAGGC